AUGCUGAGAGCAGAGGUGUCGUCUUUGGAGGAAGAGCUCCGCGGACUGCAGUCGAAGUGGAUCAAGCACCUACCGGACAAGCGCGCUCUGUUCACAGCUCAAUACUCGGCCCACGAGAAGUACAAAGCCGGCCAGUCCGUGGUCUUGCACGACGCGCUCAAGGAUCUCCACCUGCAGCAACAGUUCAUGUUUGCCUCCAUCCAGUCGGCCAUCUUCCGUUCGCCUUUGUAUUCCAGUGGAGAGGAAAUCUUGAAGACACUCCAUUUCAGCACCCAGCUUGCCUCUGACCCAGCGGACCGCAACUCAGCGCUAAUGAUCCACAAACAGCGGUCGCUGGCAAUCCUUCCGUCCUACAUGGACCAGGUCACACGAAUGGCAGUCGACAAGGCACAGAACUACCAAACCAACAACACCGCAACCAAAAGUGUACUACCCAUUUCUCAAAUCGACAUCACCGGCUGCAAGGACUGCACGCUGGUUACAAGCGUCUUCAUGUCGGAAAUCCCGCACACCUCGUUAGAAGAAGUCUUCGCGGCGGUUCUGGCGUACUUCGACUCGAUCCCAACGGCGAUGAGGCGCCACUUUGGUGCUAAAGCAAGCAUCAGUGGCGUACUGGCGCUCACCACCGACGGCGUCGGAUUCGCACCGACCGUAAACCACGUCAUGUGUGCCAGCCUCACACCGUCGCUUGGCGUCGUUCACGUUGAUGCUAUCACCGACGACGCCUUGUACCCCACUUGCCGAUCGGCGUUCGACAUCUGCGGACUCACCCUUACGCCCCGGAAAGACCCCACCACAGGUAGAACCGUAUCCGUGACACUGCGCUGGGUAGUGCUGUUCCGCUACAAUUUGCUGCCAGACCACCCCGUGCUUCGGAAAAGUCUAGAGGUCGUCCGGCCAAUUCUCAAUGGAGACCUCAUCACUGCGUCUGUGUGCAGCUACAUCCAGGAACUGCUGCAACAGAGAUACACGCCCUAA